CAGCGGCGUGAGCGUGCACAGCGAGGAGGAGCCGUGCGUGCGCGCCAGCCGACACCACACGAGAGCCAGACGAGCAGCUCACGUCGCCGAGAUGGACAACGACGCCGCGGAGAAGAAGUCGCGAGCUCCCGCCGUCAAAACCUCAGCCGGAGGUCAGCCGGACGCCGCCAGCGGGCAGAGCAGCCCCGGGACGCCCAAGUCGCCUUCCGGCCAGACGCCCCCCACCAAAGCGGCGGGCGACGCCCACAAGGUGAAGAAGGUGGCGGUGGUGCGGAGUUCCCCCAAGUCGCCCGGCUCCCUCAAGACGCGACCUCCGGGCUCCCUGGCCGCCGCCCCGCCCAUGCCCGACCUCAAGACGGUCAAGUCCAAGAUCGGAUCCACCAAAAACCUCAAACACCAGCCGGGCGGCGGGAACGUGCAGAUCCUGGACCAGAAGGUGGACUAUAGCAACGUGCAGUCCAAAUGCGGCUCCAAGGCCAACAUCAAGCACGUGCCCGGCGGCGGCAACGUUCAAAUCCUGGACAAGAAGCUGGACCUGACGAGCGUCCAAUCGCGCUGCGGCUCCAAAGACAACAUCAAGCACACGCCGGGAGGCGGCAAGGUCCAAAUCGUCCACAAAAAGGUGGACGUGAGCAGCGUGGCGUCCAAGUGCGGCUCUAAAGACAACAUCCAUCACAAGCCAGGCGGAGGCAACGUGGAGAUUAAAAACGAGAAGCUGGAGUUCAAAGUUCAGUCCAAGGUGGGCUCCCUUUGCAACAUCAAUCACGUCCCGGGAGGAGGACAGAAAAAGAUCGAAAGCCACAAGCUGAACUUCCGCGAGAGCGCCAAGGCGCGCACGGACCACGGCGCGGAGAUCGUCUCGCUGGAGGACUCGCCCACCGGGCAGCUCAGCGCCGUCUCGUCGUCCGGCAGCCUCAACAUGGCCGACCCGCCGCAGCUGUCCACGCUGGCCGACCGGGUCAGCGCCUCGCUGGCCCAGCAGGGGCUGUGAGGCCCUUCGCCCGUCCGCGCUCACCUCCCGUCCUUCUUCUCACCGGACUUUUUUUUUUCCCCCUCGCCUUGCCGCCAAUCACCCGCGCGUCACGUCAGGGCGCGGGCGUCGACGGCAAAAAAAGGCCCGCCGCCUGUCCGUUAGACGCCCCGCCUUCCGUCCGCGCCGGGGAUCUCUUCAAAUCUCACAUUUUUUUCUUACCGGAAGUUUGGCACUUUGGCGUCCGCGUUUGACGGAAACGUCGGCUCGGCUUCUCUCCUCUUCUGGCGCGGGGAGGGCGAUUUUCGCUUUUCGCCCGCCAAACGAGCGCUAAACAGUGUUUGACGAGCCGGGAUUUUGACCCGAGUGGCCCACUUUUGGCUUUUGUGCGGAAUAUCUGUUUCGAGUUUGAGUCCGCCGCCUGGAUCGGUGCUUCCUUUUUUGGCCGCAUACAGUAUUUGCUGUAAACGUCACCACUUCCCGUACCGAAGUGUGGUUUUCCCACGCCCGGCUGCUGGGCGGGAAUGUCCGAUGCAGGGUAAUGCCACUUUUGUCCACCGCGUGUCGUGUUUUCUUACGAGCUGCAUGCUAACUUCUUCUAUUGUGUCACCGGAAGACGGGCGAGCGGGCGGGCCGUCGGCCACUUUCCGUCGUAACCCUAAUCCUGGCGCUGUACGGACUAGCGCUUCAAAUGUGAUGCUUGUUAUUGUGCAUUUAACGUAUGUUUGUGUUUGACAAUAAAUGCUACUCGUUCCACCGA